AUUGCAUUAUUAUUUUUCUAGAAGCCUGUAUUUAUAAUUACUAUCAUCCAAAGUCAUUGUCAUUGGAUCAUGUGGCAAAAUGUCUUUACGACUUGUAUCAAAGUUUUCCAGUAAAGUUUCUCAAUUUUUGCGAUGUUCAAGUACAAAAGCUAUAGGAGUGAUGUCAAAUGAUAUAGAGAAUCCAAAUGAGAUAAACUUUGAGAAACUGUUAAUGGAAUCUAAGUUGAUAAAUUUUGGGCGUCCUGAUAACAAAUGUGUCGUAGGUAAAAUUAUUAGUAGAUGUAAUGAUGAUCUUUAUGUUGAUUAUGGGGCUAAGCACGAAGCUGUUGUAAAGAUACCUGUUCAUCAAUCUGUUCUAAAAGAACUUGAACAUGUUAAAACUGAAGAAUAUUACAAGGAAGGAGAUUUAGUUCGUUUAAUUCUACGAUCAUAUGAAAUGACUGGACUAUUUCUUGGUGAUACAACUCAUAUUACUAUUUGUGAAUCAGAUGCCAUUCUUCUUGGACCUUAUUUAAAAGGUGUAAAUAAAUUCAAAUAGUUGUUUAAAAUACUUUUUUAAGAAAAGAUCUUAUUUUAUUUAAA